ACGUCGGCUGAGUUAUAGAGAAUUCCGCACAAACGUGAGACAGUUUACGGUUAAUGUACAACAUUACGCGUGUAGCCUAUCCUAUGUAACGAACGUGCGUUGCAUCGUUCGUUACAUAGGAUAAAUCGAAUCUAUUUUGCACGUAGAGUAUUUUUGUAAUUAAGAUGACAAGAGCGCGACACGUGUGCAUUUUUAACGAAACGUUGAGACUUGUGUCGAAGACGCUGCUAGUUUACGAGGAAGCAUCUCGCGCGAGUCGAACUUUCGCUGCUCUCUGACCCGAUUCUCGAAAUCGUUCGAUGAAGAAACGUACACGAAUAUUCUGCUCCGACAGGAAAGUCGAACGUCGACUGGCUAAAGCCACGCGAAUAGCCAAAUACGUUUCUCCCUCGAGUAAAUUCAAGAAUCGAGCCCAAGGGCCACCUUAACCUUCUCCGGAUUAAACAGUUCUAGGAGCAGAAGGUGCCGAGAGUGCAGAAUCACUCCAGCCUCCCCCUCCUCUUAGCUGCACUUGCUGCACCGCUCGUCUCCCCUCUCUGGCGAGAAGUUCAGUUGAAUGUAGGUCUGUUCUUUCCAGCUGAACUAGCUGCACCGGUUCAGAGUUUGUCUCUUUCCCUCCCUACCGGAGGGGAAAGAGACAAACUCCGAGCUGGUGCAGUCGGUUGAGCUAUGUAAAAAAACAGACCCGAGAUCGAGCCUCGUGUAGCUGCUUGGCGCCAAGCUCGUCCUCGUUUGCUUCGGUCGUGGCCUCUGUUUACGAGGUUCAGCGGCGAUUGUGUGCGCACGCGAGAUAUCAGUUGUUACGUCGGUGAGUUUGUCGAAACGUCGAAAUGUCGGACGUGCGUGUUCUGGGCAAGCGAUUGGGGCAACGCGUCGGUCAGGAGGCGAUCGUGCUUGGCCGAAUCACGGAGAAAAGUUCGGACGGUAUGAACGCGGAGAUCACGACGACGGACGACGCUCAAAUUAACGUGACGUUCCCCGAGCCGCUCGACAGCAACGCGUCAGGCUACAUAGAAGUGCGCGGCACGGUCAAGUCCAAGUCUACCAUGUCCUGCGGUAACUUCGUGUGCUUCGCUCCGGACGUGACCAAGGACUUCGAUGUAAACAGCUAUAAUACAAUGGUGAACAUGCGCUGCGCAGUGGGGAAUCAACUGGAGGGAGUGUUCUACGGAGAUUAAGAGAAAGCGGAGGUCCAAGAAGCUCACAUAUACAAACUGAGUUUACUACGUAUUUCAUUUCUUUACAUUCUUCUUUUUACAUUCUACCGUCUGAUGUCUGGGGCACGUUACUCCUACCGUAAAAAUAACAAGGAAUGCUGCGUGUAAGUGUAAGAGAAGACCACUCGAACAUGCAUUCCCUUGUCUGUACAUAAAAUCGACCGGGCGGGACCUGAUAAAGUGCACAAAACAUGCGAAAUCAUAGAGUUGUAAUAAACAUUGUCUAGUUUAACUAAA